AUGGCUUCUUCCACGCACCCGGAAGUGCCCGAGCUCACUGGUUCUGAUGAGAACAAGUACCUUUGCCUCACUAUCUGUGGCUACCGCAAAGCAGGCAUGAGCGAGGAAGACUACCGAAACCAUAUGGUCCACGUCUCUGCGCCGAUGACAAAGCAUCUCAUGGUCAAGUAUGGCAUCAGGCGAUGGACACAGAUCCACAACCAAGCCGCUACGCGCGCAUUGAUGGCAGAGCUUUUCGAUCCGCAGAUGGCGAAUGUCGCCGACUUCGACUGCUUCAGUCAGGUCGUGUUUCAGGAUGUAGAGGACUAUAAACGGAUGAAACAGGAUUCCUGGUAUAAGGAGCAUUUGGUUGGUGACCAUGAGAACUUCGCGGAUACGAAGCGGACGCUGGUGACUAUCGGGUGGAUUGAGGAGUUUGUGCGAGACGGUGAAGCUGUUGAUGGAUUCAAGUCCUAG